AUGGUGAAGACAAAGACCACUCACAGGAAGGAACAGAAAUGUCCCAUGUGUGCAUUCACUAGUGUAGAUAUUGAAAGGAUGAAGGAGCAUAUUCUCAUGUGUGGUCUGAAGGAAAUGGAGAAGAAAUCCUUCGUAUGUGAAGAAUGCCCAUUUGCUACCACCUCGGCAAGCAAUCUUCUCCGGCACACGAAGAGAAGACACAGUGUAGAACAGACGGCACAGCCGGGACCCUCACGUGAAGGAGGUAGCUAUUCUACAGUGAGAGAGGAGGAAGACUCGUGGAAAGACAAUGACCCUGGUGAUCUUGCUAGCAUCCUAGGUGAUGUGUCGGACUCUGACAAUGGGGAAGACCAUGAUGAGUCUGCUGCUGGCGAGGAACCUGAUGUAGAGGCCAUCCCUGAUCCAACGGUGAGGAAGCAUACACGGCCAGAUCAAGUGUUCACCCCUAAACGGGCGCCAGAGAAAUUGAGUCCCAAGGAUCCCAGGAAUUGUAUCCCACAGAAAGUCCCAAGGGUAGAGAGGCCUCCUACCAAUCUCCAUCAAGUUCCUAGGGUGUCAAAGGCGAUGGCGAGUGUGUCUACUCAGACAAAGCCAGUUAUAGAGAGGCAUGUGGUCUGGAAAACGACAAGGUACACAGAAGGAGAUAGGGAAAUCGAGCUGGUUGAGAUGCAUGAGACGGAGACCUCCUGUGGUGUAUGCGGACUGUUAGAUGAUUGA